CACAAUAUUAAAGUUUAUGAUGCCAUUUUGUUGUUAGUAUAGUGCAAGUGAAGUUUUUUGUUAUCUAUCUUAAUUGACAGCCAAAUUCUGAUGAAGAGAGUACAAGCGGGCAUGAUUUUACAGAAACAUCGGACUCUGACAAAUGUGCUGAAAGACACACUGUUAAGACACAGUCCAUGUCUGGUGAUGAUGUUAUCUGGUGUGGUGCUACGCAAGAUAUUUGUACUGUUGACCCUUCCAUCUCUGCCGACACUCUCACAAUGUCCACUGAUCCUGCUGUUGUCACUUUUGAUGAGAAUGAGCCUUUCUUUAGUGGAACAUCUGUCAUUGCCAGUGGCAACUCACAUGGCUUCUCAGUUGGUUCCUCUGCCAAUGUUACUGGUGACACACAUGUCUUCUCUGCUAACAACACCUCCAGUGUGUCUAAUGCUCCCACCCAACCCAGUUUAUCCAGCACAUCCUACAGUACAUAUCUUGGCCUGUUUGAGGAAGAAUACCUGUCUGAUGACCCUGACCUCCAAGAAGCCAUUUCAAGGUCUCUAGAUUCAAGUGCAAUUGAGAGUGACCUACCGAUGAGCUUAGAGAGUAUCAUGGCGCAGAUUGUCUCUAGAGUAAAUAAUGACAGCACUGUACGCUUCAAUAUCAUAAGACGAAAUGUGUGGGAUGGAGCAUCCAGAGCCAUGGGCAGAUCCAAUUUUUCACCUGAGAAGAAGAUAGAUGUCAAGUUUACUGAUGACUAUGGAAUAUCUGAGGGUGCUGUUGACAAUGGAGGACCUACUCGGGAGUUCUUCCGACUUUGCCUUGAUGAAGUCAAGGACAAAAUUGGCAUUUUUGAAGGUCCACCUAAUGCUAAAGUCCUUACGUGCAAUUCCAAAGCAAUGAAAGACAAUGGAUACUUCUGCGCUGGCCAGAUCAUGGCAAUGUCAAUUGCCCAUGGAGGACAGAGUCCAUGUUUCUUAUCUGAACUCUUGUAUGAGUGUCUUCAAAAGGGUCCAGACAACAUCAAAGUCAACACUGACCAUAUUACUGAUGAAGAAACAAGGUCACAGGUGCAAUCGAUCUUAGAAGCUGACACAAAAUCACAACUGCAGGUUGCAGUUGCACAGGCAGGCAGCUUGAUCAGUCUUGCUGGUCACAAUGUUUGCAUAACACUGGAAAACAAACAAGAAACUGCUUUGGAUUUGGCUCACUGGUAUGUCCUCCAGCGAACCCGUGCACCUUUUGAAAGGUUCAGAGAUGGCUUGAGGUCUCUAGGUGUCCUAGAUGCUCUACAGAAAUAUCCUCUUCAGAUGAAGUGCCUUUUCGUGAAAGCUGGAAAAGCUCUGAAAGCGACUGAUAUGGAGAAUCUUUUCAAGAUCAUUCACUCCGAGCGAGGAAGUAAUGCAUUCCAAGACGAGUGCCGAACCCUGGCUUUCUGGCAAGACUAUCUUCAGGAGGCUGAAUUUGAAAACGAUGUCUCUCUGGAAGAUAUCCUUGUUUUCUGCACUGGAUGUGACAGCAUUCCGGCACUGGGUUUCUCUCCAAAGCCAAGCCUUGAGUUUAUCACAAACUGCAAAUUUCCAGUUGCCAACACUUGUGAAAUUAUUCUUCGUAUACCAGUUCAUGCAGUAUACAGCUCAUUCAAAUCAGACAUGGAUUUUGCAAUACGGAAUUCACCAGGAUUUGGACGAGCAUGAUGUGUAUUCUCAAGGGUUGUAAUCAUGAUAAGAGGUUUUUUUUUUUUGGUUUGUUUUGCAUAUGCAUUUUCUUUUAUCUUGUUGCAGUCAAUAAAUGUCAGGCACUUGUUUUUGCAUUGUAGUUAAUCAGUUUUCCUGCCUAUAUAUGGGUGGGAUAUGACAUUAGAUCAUUAGAUUAGUAACAUUAGAUUAUUUAACAGCCCUGCAGGCAGCAAGAGAAAAUGUUAGAACCUCACUGUUGCUUCUGCAGCACAUUUUCAGCCUGUGUUGCACUAUUUCAGAUACGUUAACCUUUUAGCAGUGCUAAAAAAGCACUGGAUGCAGAGAGAAACUAUAAUCCAUGCCAUACAGGUUUAUAAGCCAUGUUCUUGUGUUUCCAAUAUGUUGGCUUGCAUUUUAAAUACUUUGGCUAGAUGUGGUUGUUGACGGAGUUGGCAUUUUAUAAUUCCUAGAGCACAUUUUCAAAUAUGUUCUGGUAAGGUAGCUUUAUUUCAGUGUCCUGUUUUGACCUUGUUUUAAUCAGUGAUUCAUAUUGAUUUUCAUUUUCAGUUUAACUCACUGGUUAGCUGUAAGUUUUAAAAACAUCUUGUUUAAGCUUUGAAAAAGUAAGGUAUUUUUUUUAUGAAAAUGCCCACUCAAAACAGUAAUCCUAUACAUUAAAAGUGGGACUGACAGUCUCAUCUCACUGUUUCUAUAACCAGGUAGUUCCUGCACCACCGUCAAAGUACCCAUUGUCCAUAAAUUUGGCAAAGAUAUGGUUGGCAUUGGUUAUGUUAAAAGUAGUUAUACAACUACAAGGUGUAUGAGUAAACAAAUUACUCACAGCCAGUUGUCUUCUACACAGGGGUAUUUUCAUUGCUUUUUUUUUUUUUUUAAUCUCAUUGUUGCCCAGCCCUAUACUAUAGGGUACUAAUGCCUUUCUAACAAAGUUUUCUGUGUUCUGAAUUUGUAUGGACUUUUUGCCAUU